UGUCUGUCUGUCUGUCUGUCUGUCUGUCUGUCCAUCUUCCUGCCUGGCUGUCUGUCCGUCUGUCCCCAGCUCACUAACGCUGGAGAGGAGGUUGUGGUUUUCUACAACGACAAGACGUCCUUCGCCACCAUGUUGGAUCUGAUGGCCGAGAGCAGGGAGGGAGUCAGUGAGAACAGCCCCCUCAGGUACCACAUCUCUCUUGUGGAGCUGCUGGCUGCGUGUGCGGAGGGGAAGAAUGUUUACACGGAGAUCAAGUGCACCUCUCUGCUGCCCCUAGAGGACGUGGUCCGAGUGGUCACCCACGACGACUGCAUUACAGAGGUGAAGGUAGCCUACGUGAACUUUGUGAACCACUGCUACGUGGACACUGAGGUUGAGAUGAAGGAGAUCUACACCUCCAACCACAUCUGGCAGCUCUUCGAGGACUUCACCGUGGACAUGGCCAGGGUGUGCCUGAAGCGCGAGAAGCGUCUGACCGACCCGAUCUUGGAGAAGUACCUCAUCCACGUGGUGUUCGACACCAUCACCGCCUUCUUCAGCUCCCCCUUCUCAGAGAACAGCACCUCCCUACAGACCCACCACACCAUCGUGACCCAACUCAUGCAGUCCAGUGUUCGCCUGCUGGACUGUCCCUGGCUGCAGCAGCAGCACAGGGGCAUCGUGGAGUCCUGCAUCAGGACCCUGGCCCUCACUGCUAAGGGCCGCAGCAUCUCCCUGCCGCUGGACCUGGAGGGCCAGAUCAGCAUUAUGCUCUCCAGCUCCACCCUGAACUCCCUCUCCCGCUCCAACCCCAACUACAAGUCCUCCACCCGCGGCAACCGGCCUACAACUCCCAGCAACCCCUGGGACUACAAGAACAUCAUCGAGAAGCUACAGGACAUCAUCGUGACCCUGGAGGAGCGUCUGAAGCCCCUGGUGGAGGCGGAGCUCUCUGUGCUGGUGGACGUCCUCCACCAACCAGAGCUGCUCUUCCUGGAGGGCACCGAUGUGCGGCAGCGCUGUGAGGCCGGCGGCUUCAUCUCCAAGUUGAUCCAACACACCAUGGCCCUCAUGUCGUCGGAGGAGAAGUUGUGCAUCAAGGUCCUGCGGACGCUGCAGGAGAUGCUCAUCAGGACGCUGGAGUUUGACGAGAAGGGCACGGCGCUGCGGAUGGUGCUGGUGCAGAACUACCUGUACCCCAACAGGAAGAGCACCCCUAAGAGCGAGCUGGUCGACCUGGGGGUCUCAGUGGGGGAGCAGGAGAGGGACUGGCCGGCCAUAGCAGCGAUCCAGUGUCGUCUUGACCGGGAGGGGGGCACGCGGCUCUUCAUCGACCUGGUGAUGAGCACCAAGAACGACAAGAUCUUCCAGGAGAGCAUCCAGCUGGCCAUCUGUCUGCUGGAGGGAGGCAACACCGAGAUACAGAACUCGUUCUACAAGCUGAUGAUGGGCGACAACAAGUCAGAGAAGUUCUUCAAGGUCCUCCACGACCGGAUGAAUGAGGCCCAGACGGACAUCAAGGCCACGGUGACCGUCAACGUGGGCGAGAUGAGCAUCAAGGCCAACGACAAGGAGAUGGAGGGUGGAGGCUCUGGAGGUAUGGGGAUUCCAGACCCAUCCUUAUUGGCCGGUUCGCCGACCAUGGCAGGCCCCGCCUCCAUGGCAGCCCAGCCAGUAGCGGAGCAGGAGGUGGAGGCGGAGAUGGGACCGGUGGUGACCAUCAUGAAACCCAUCCUCCGCUUCCUCCAGCUGCUCUGUGAGAACCACAACCACGACCUACAGAACUUCCUGCGCUGCCAGAACAACAAGACCAACUACAACCUGGUGUGCGAGACGCUGCAGUUCCUGGACAUCAUGUGCGGCAGCACCACCGGCGGCCUGGGGCUGCUGGGGCUCUACAUCAACGAGUCCAACGUCCACCUCAUCACCCAGAGCCUGGAGACCCUCACCGAGUACUGCCAGGGCCCCUGCCAGGAGAACCAGACGUGCAUCGUGACCAACGAGUGCAACGGCAUUGACAUCAUCACGGCGCUCAUCCUCAACGACAUCAGCCCGCUCUGCCGCUACCGCAUGGACAUGGUGCUGGAGCUAAAGGACAACGCCUCCAAGCUGCUGCUGGCGCUGAUGGAGAGUCGUCAUGACAGCGAGAACGCAGAGAGAAUCCUGUUCAACCUGCGGCCUCGUGAGCUGUUGGAUGUGAUAAAGAAGGCGUACCAACAGGAGAGUGAGUUUGAGGGGGGUGAGGUCUCGCCCCGCGAGGUGGGACACAACAUCUACAUCCUCGCACUACAGCUGGCCAGACACAACAAGGUGCUGCUGACUCUGCUGAAGUCUUUGAAGAAGAGCCAACAGGACGAUGAGAGCAUCUCCUCCAUGCUGAACCUGAACAACCGGCCCCUCUCCCAGAUGUUGAAGGCCAAGACGCCCACCGCUGUGGUGGAGCCGGACCCCCUGGAGCACUACGAGAAACACACCGCCCAGAUAGAGAUCGUGCGUGACGACCGCAGCAUGGAGCAGAUCGUGUUCCCCGUCCACCCCAUCUGUGAGUACCUGACGGAGGAGUCCAAGUUAAGGGUGUUCAACACCACUGAGCAGGACGAGCAGGGCUCCAAGAUCACGCACUUCUUCGAACAGGCGUCCUUCCUGCACGGCGAGAUGGAGUGGCAGAAGAAGCUCCGCAGCAUGCCGGUGCUGUUCUGGUUCUCCCGGAGGAUGACUCUGUGGGGCUCCAUCUCCUUCAACCUGGCCGUCUUCAUCAACCUCAUCAUCGCCUUCUUCUACCCCUAUGACUCUGGACAAGCCGGGGCGAUCGAUGACUCCAUGCUGCUGAUGAUGUUCUGGGUUCUGACCGGCCUGUCGCUGCUCUUCCUCCUGAGCCAGCGAGGCGGGCUGCGGCAGAUCACCGUGGCACUCAUCCUACGAUCCAUCUACCACAUGGGCAUAGGAAACACUCUCAUAGUGCUGGGAACCAUUAAUCUGAUCAACAAGAUGGUGUUUGUGGUGAGCUUCGUGGGCAACAACGGGACGUUCAUCAUGGGCUACAAGGCCAUGGUGAUGGAUGUGGAGUUCAUCUACCACCUGGCCUACGUGCUGACCUCGACCCUGGGUCUCUGCGUCCACGAGCUCUUCUACAGUAUCCUGCUGUUUGACCUGAUCUACCGGGAGGAGACGCUGUUCAACGUGAUCAAGAGCGUGACGAAGAACGGGCGCUCCAUCCUGCUGACGGCGCUGCUGGCCCUCAUCCUGGUCUACCUCUUCUCCAUCGUGGGCUUCCUCUGCCUCAAGAACGACUUCAUCAUGGAGGUGGACCCCCUGCUGCCCCUCCCAGGUCCGCCCCAGAGCGAGGCCACCCAGGACUUCCUGAAUUCCUGCUCCUCAGACGGGGUGAGCUGCACCUCAGGGCCCGCCAGCACCGCCCUGCAGGAGGAGGAGGAGGUGGGCUCCGAGCGGGCCUGUGACACCCUGCUCAUGUGCAUCGUCACGGUGAUGAACCACGGCCUCCGGAACGGGGGCGGAGUCGGCGACGUCCUACGGAAACCCUCCAAAAAUGAGCCUCUGUUUCCUGCCAGGGUCCUCUAUGAUCUGCUCUUCUACUUCAUCGUCAUCAUCAUCGUUCUCAACCUCAUCUUCGGCGUCAUCAUCGACACCUUUGCUGACUUGAGGAGCGAGAAACAGAGGAAAGAGGAGAUCCUGAAGACCACCUGUUUCAUCUGUGGUCUGGAGAGAGACAAGUUUGACAACAAGACGGUCUCGUUUGAGGAGCACAUCAAGCUGGAGCACAACAUCUGGAACUACCUGUACUUCAUCGUGCUGAUCCGGGAGAAGAACCGCACGGACUACACCGGACCGGAGAGCUACGUGGGGCUCAUGAUCAAGAACAAGAAUCUGGAUUGGUUCCCGAGGAUGCAGGCGAUGUCGCUGGUGGUAACCGACGGCGAUGGGGAGCAGAACGAGAUGAGGAUGCUGCAGGACAAGCUGGGGUCUACCGCAAAGGUGGUGACCACCCUGACCUCGCAGCUCAACGAGCUGAAGGAGCAGAUGACGGAGCAGAGGAAGAGGAGGCAGAGGAUGGGUUUCGCUGACGUCCAGGCGGGAAACGCUGCUGCUGCCGUGGUGCCCCCUAGUGCAGCGGGGGGGAACAGCCUCUCGCACCAAAACUAGUCUCAGACUAACCACAUCAACUAGACAUGGACUAACCACAUCAACUAGACAUGGACUAACCACAUCAACUAGACAUGGACUAACCAACUCAACUAGACAUGGACUAACCACAUCAACUAGACAUGGACUAACCACAUCAACUAGACAUGGACUAAC